AUGUCAUUAAUUCAACCACGGUAUAUGGAAUGGUUUAUUGUUUUUCUUUUCUUUUUCCCUCCCAGAACACCCUAUGAAGUCCCAGAGCACAUACCAAUGGAAGGCCCUUUGCAAACUUUUGUUCAUGUAUGCCAUGAAAAUGGUCAGUGGAUGUCACAGUUACCAGAGAAGUUCUGGGAUAUUCCCCUCUAUAACUUAGCUCUUCCAGGGAGUCACGACACUAUGACCUACAGUUUGGAUAAAAGCUCUACUGUUAGUGGCAAUGAGUCCAAGCUGGUGAAGUUUUUAAACAAAUGUCUGCCCUGCAUUGUGCACCCCAUUAUCAUGAAGUGGUCUAUAACACAGGUCCUGACUGUGACGGAGCAACUUGAGGCUGGAGUUAGAUACCUGGAUUUCAGGAUUGCCCACAAGGCUAAUGAUCCAUCUACGAAUUUGUAUUUUGUGCAUAUGGUUUACACAACUGUUACUGUGCAGGAUAUUCUGUGGGAAAUAUUGAGGUGGUUAGAAACUCAUCCUCAGGAAGUUGUUAUCAUAGCCUGCAGGAAUUUUGAUGGAUUAACCAAAAGACUUCAUAAUCAUCUUGUUGCCUGUAUAAAAGAGAUUUUCCAGUGUAAACUGUGUCCUAGAUAUGUGGUGCCAACACUGCGGACCAUGUGGCACCUCGGCCAUCAGGUUAUAGUCUCGUACGAAGAGGAGGUGGAACUGGAGAAGCACUGUGAGCUGUGGCCCCCCAUCCCAUACUGGUGGGGAAACAAAACAUCCACUCGUGCUCUCAUCCGGUAUUUGGAGCGCAUGAAGCGGAUGGGCCGUCCAGGAAAGUUCUUUGUGGCAGGUAUCAACCUUACUGAAAACUUAAGGUAUAUUCUUGUACAUCCCUUUGGAUCAUUGAAGAAAAUGACACUCCAGAGUCUUCCAUGCUUGAAAAUUUGGAUAAAGCAGCAGUAUCCAGGACCAAAAAAAAAAUGUAUUAACAUCAUUGCUGGAGACUUUAUAGGAAACAAUGAUUUUGUCAAAGAUGUGAUAGAACUUAACACAAAAAUUAAUCCUCCAUUGCAUUGUCAAAGUGAACUGGAACAAAUAGCAUUUGAUUCUCAGCCUCUUAAUCUAUGA